ACUGCCCCACACCAAUCUGCCUACCUAGGGCCUAGAAAGCCUGGGCCCUCAUUGUAAGGUUUCCUUCAGAAAGGGCCCAACCUGAGCCCAGAGAGAAGACUCCUCCUGCCCCAGGGUAGGGGCAAGACGUCUUAUGGUCACGCCCACUGGCGGGAGGUGUUAGCAGACGGGACCGAGGACUCACUCAGACCUGUCGACCUGCGCAGCCCAAGCUAGCAGCUGCCAUCCAUGGGGAACAGCCACUGCGUCCCUCAGACUCCCAGGAGGCUACGAGCCUCAUUUUCCAGAAAGCCCUCGCUCAAGGGAAACAGAGAGGACAGCUCCAGGAAGCUGGCCGGCCUGUUUGGCACCGAGGCUAGGCCCGAUGGGGACACCGCGGCUAACAAGAUCUUCCACUACAUCCCCGGGACGGACAUCCCGGGCCUGGAAAAUCAGCCAGAAAAUCUGGAACAGCCAUUCCUGAGUGUUUUCAAAAAGGGGUGGCGGAGGACACCCGUGAGGAACCUAGGCAAAGUUGUGCACUAUUCCAAGGUUCAGCUGCGGUUCCAGCACAGCCAGGACAUCAGCGACUGCUAUCUAGAGCUGUUCCCCUCCCACCUGUACUUCCAAGCCCAUGGUUCUGAAGGACUUACAUUCCAGGGGCUGCUCCCACUGACAGAACUGAGCAUCUGCAGGAUUGAUGGGUCCAGAGAGCAUGCCUUCCAGAUUACAGGCCCACUGCCUGCCCCGCUCCUUGUCCUCUGCCACAGUGAAGCUGAGCUCAGCCACUGGCUUUACCAUCUGGAAAAGCAAAUGGCUCUCUUGGGGGGUCUGCAACGCUGCCACUCAAGCCCCCCACAGAGUUCCCUAGGGGAUGAACUCCCCUGGACACGGCUAUGGAGAGUAUCCGGGUGUGAAUCCAUGGGCAGCGCGAUCUGUGCCUCAAGGGUCAAGCUGCAGCAUCUACCCUCUCAGGAGCAGUGGGACCGGAUUCUGGUACUAUACCCAGCAUCCCUGGCCAUCUUCUCUGAGGACCCAGAUGGACUUACCUUUAAGGGGGAGCUUCCACUAAGUGCAAUCCACAUCAACCUAGAAGAGAAGGAAAAGGAGAUCCGCUCCUUUCUCAUCGAAGGCCGCCUCAUCAACACCAUCCGUGUGGUGUGUGCCAGUUACGAGGAUUACAGUCAAUGGCUGCUGUGCCUCCGGACUGUCUCGCACAGGGAUGGGGCCCACCUGCUGCCUGGCCCAGAGAAUUUCCCAGGACUACAUGGACCCACUAAGGCCGUGAGUAGAGGCAGAGGUUCACUUUCUUCCAAUGGACAGACCAGCUGGAAAUUAGAGUGUCCAGUGCUCCCCACCAGCCAAUCCCUCCCUGAAUCCUCAGUGCCAACCACUAUAGGCUUCCCUGCCCAGCCUGUACCUAACCAAACCAACUCUAACUGUGUCAGCACUGGUCGAAAGAAGACAGAGCUGAGGCACAGUGGCAGUAGCCAGUCUCCCAGGGGCAAAGUUCGAAGGGAAGUAUCUGGCUCAGCUGUCCCACUGCCCCUGCACCUGGACCUAACCAAGGUGAGUGAGCUGUACUUAGACAGCAGCUCAGAGGCUCAGGACCACUCUUCAGAUAUUCCACAGUCCCCGCUCUAUGCUGAUCCCUACACACCACCAGCUACAUCUCACCGCAAGAUUAUGGACCUCCAAGGCCUAGAUGAGUUCUUCUGUGCGAUGCAGACAUCUCCUGGACCUGAGCUAUCAAGCCCGUUCCCCUCAGUCUCCGUGUCUGUGCCUGUCUCUGACUCCAGCUCUGGAAUCUCCAGCUCUCCUAGGCCUCUGGGCUCCCAUUUGCUCUCCAAGAAAGGUGCCCUGCAACCCAGAGCUUCCCAGAAACACCGGGGUUCCAUCAAGAACAGAGGGCCACGGCCUUCAGACCUCCCUCAGCUUGUAAGUCACAUCCUCCACUCUGGUGUGGGGGCCUCAGGAUCAGGGGAUGUUGGAUAG